AUGCAAGAGAACAAUGUGAACCAGCCUACAUCAUUGUCUCAGCUCUUGAGAGAGAACUACUUGGCCGAAGCGAGGGCGCACCAGAGACACAGCGGCAUGAGCCGUUCCGACUCCUCGCGGCACCUGGUCUACGUGCCCCUCAAAGGCAAGGCGGAGGACUCAGCGGGGCAGGACAAGCCUCAACCCCAGUUCCCAGACCUCUCAGCCUUCCUGAGCCAGGAAGAACUGGAUAAGAGUGUCAACCUGGCCUGUCAGGCUAUCGGGCACGAGGCCUGCGAGGAGAGGACAGAGUUCAAAGCCCCGGUCACCCCUUCUGUCACCUCCACUGCAUCCAACACUCCCGACACCCAGCCUGACCUGGAAUUAAAAGAACCCCUACCAACACAUGCAACAUUCUUCCCAGAGAGACAGUCAUUCUCACCUCUGUCCAUACCGGACAAUGUGAUAAGGAUAGACAAACAGAUAUAUCAGCCAUCCCAACUGUCCAUUCAGGACAACGCAAUAAGGACCGACAGACAGAAAUAUCCACUACAGACGUUCCCACCGUCCAUCAUCCAGGACAUUACAAUGAAGAACAACUGGGUGGCCAGGGAGGCCUUUGAGGACUUUAAGAGGCCAGGGCCUAGGGGGAUGAACACUCCAGAGUACGGCCUGGGGACCCAGUCCAAGAAGGAGUUCCUCAACAAGGCAGCAGACUUCAUCGAGGAGCUCUCCUCUCUGUUCAAGGCGAACAGCUCCAAAAGGAUACGGCCCAGAUCAUGCAAAACUCAUAGGAGCAGAGCCAACAAGGGUGAAGUGGAUGGGAGCGUUUACUCCCUGAAUGCAGACAACAGGGAACGAACCAUUCUUCUCCAAGACUUUGAAACGGAAAUGGAGAUGGAGAGGCCUACUAAUCCUUUCAGCAUUCAGCCAUCAGAAGUCCAGGGUUUGGGCAUGGAUCCAAGGUUUGGGCAUGCUUACUUCCCCAUGCAGGACUGGAGGACUACUGAGGAGCAGUAUGAUGAGGCUGAAAGCCCUGCCCUGGUGGAGAUCACCCCCGGGGUGUGCACAGCCGACCCCAUCUGUGAGCCCCCUCACUUCAUCCAAAAACUGAAAAGCAGGGAGGUGCUGGAGGGCAGCAAGGUACAGCUGGACUGCAUUGUUCGAGGACUCCCCAUGCCCGAAGUCCGGUGGUUUUGUGAGGGGAAGGAGCUGGAGAACUGCCCUGACAUUCAGAUCAUCAACAACGGCGAGUUGCACUCUCUGACCAUUGCCGAGGCAUUCGAGGAAGACACAGGGCGGUACUCUUGCUUUGCAUCCAACUUCUACGGCACAGGCUCUACGUCGGCUGAAAUCUACGUCGAAGGUGCCUCCUCUACAGAUUCGGAGGGGGAACAACAUUCUGAACUUGCACAACUACAGAGGACCCGAGCUCAGCCGGGUGCCCAAUCUUUACCUCCUGUGGUCAGUGUUGUGUCUCUGUGUGUGGAUGACGCAACUAUCUGCACUGAAGAACAGCCACAGGAGGCCACCUCACUGCCUUCUAGCCAGGUAGUCACUGCAUCUGUACCUGUCCAGGUAGAGAUGUCAGCACAGUUACCUGUCCAGGUAGUUUCUACUCUAGAUCUACCACCUGUGAACACGGCGUCAGUUCUGACACUGCCAACACCGUCACGUGUCCCAGUGACGUCCACACCAUUACAGACACAGACAGUCUCUACCACGGCACUACCGCUGACCCAGGUGGUCUCCUCUACACUGCCUGCCCAGGUUGCUGCCGUACAGACGACUCUAGCUGAGAACCUAAAUGGAGACAGCUAUACUCUAAGUCCAGACAUCUAUCCUCAAGGUCUAGACGGGAGGCCUAUUAUGACUGCCCCUGUUUUCACAAAGAGUCUGCAGGACCUGUUGGCAUCGGAGAGCGAGCUGGUGGUGCUAGAGUGCCGUGUUAAAGGAGUCCCCUCCCCCAAGGUGGAUUGGUACAGAGAAGGAACUGUCAUCGAGGACUCCCCUGACUUCAGGAUCCUGCAGAAGAAGCCUCGAUCCAUGGUUGAAUCAGAGGAAAUAUGCACUUUGGUCAUUGCUGAAGUCUUCCCUGAAGAUUCUGGAAAAUUCACCUGCACUGCAAGCAACAAAUAUGGAACUGUAUCCAGUAUCGCUGCACUAAGGGUGAAAGGAAAUGAAAACACCAACAACAACCACGUGAAAACUCUCGUAGGCACUUUAACAAUGGAGUCCACACAAGUUCCAGAGCCUUCUUCAUCAGAUCUCACUCUGCCCAGACUAAAGCCUCAAGCUGAGGCUCUUGUCACCAACAGCAUCAAGCUUCACUCCAGCACCAUCCGCCUGGAUCCCUUCAGCUCCAGCAAUUUACGACUGGAACCUCUGAGCACCAGUACCCUCCGUCUAGACCCUCUGAGCUCCAGCAUGCUGCGCCAGGUGCCUAUCAGCCCCAGCAUGCCCAGCCUGGAUCCACUAAGCCUGGGCAGCAGCCUCCGUAUAGGCACCCGUAGCUCCAACACAUCUCAUCUGGACCCACUCUACCUGAGCACCCCUCACCCAGACCUGCCUACUAGCUCCAGCGGGCUAUGCCCGGAGCCCCAGAGCAGUGGUGAGAUGCCCAAGACUGACCAGGGAGACUCCCGAGCCUAUUCAGUGUUACCUGACCCUCCUGUUGGUCUUUGGCCUAAGGUGGAAGGGACUCCUAUCCAUAAACCUGAGCCCCCUCCCCAUGUAAACCUCCCUGAUCCCCCCAACUCCUCCUGCCUUAAGCCUGGGGUUCUGGUUAACCACAACGGGCCCAGGUCCAGCUCCAGGGCAGGCCUCCGUGUGCACUUUAAACUGCCUGAGGAUGAAACAGAAAACCAGAGUGAAGCAUCCAAUAGCCAUUCAUAUGAAGAUAUGUCGCAGUUGGCCAAUAAGGAACCACCUCCAGUACUGGCCAAGCCCAAACUAGACCCUGUCCAGCUGCAGCUUCUGCACAACCAGGUGCUUAUGGAGCAGCAGCAGACUGAGACUGAGCCAACCGGAGCCACCAAGAGCCAACCGGAGGCAUCUGCCUUUCCAGCCCAGACACACCACGAGUCCCAGGCACAGACCCAAGCCCAGCCUCAGUCAAACCUGCCCCGUUCAUCUACCCCCAUGCUCCUGCAGGCCACCCACGCCGCACCCAUACUGACCACAGCCCCAACACCCUUUCUCAACUCCGCCCCUGUGACAAGCUUGAACACUACCCCUACACCCCAGCUAAACACUUGUCCCCCUGCCCACCUGCUAAACAUUGCAUCUGCACCACUACUGAGCCCAUACACCACCCAUUCCUAUUCUACUUCUUCACCCCUGCUAAACACAAGCCCUGUACCACCAAAGAACACUACCUCUGCAAUGCUACUGAACACAGCCCCUCCUGCACCAGUUAUGGAUACCCUGCCGUCCCUUCCUCAAUUGAAGACAGCUCCUUCUUGCAUGAGCUCCCCUCCAUCUGCCUCUCUGCUGAGAACUGUUCCUGCACCACACCUGUACACCAGCCCUGCAUCCCCACCCUAUAUGACCCAGCAAAACACCACCCAUUCUUCCCAGCUAAAUUUAACCCACUCAUCCCUGCCUAAAGCCAUUCACGUACCCAAGUUUAGCACACCUCUCACACCUCAUCUGAAUACAGCCCCCACAGUGUCUCUCAGCUCCAUCCCUGCAGCUUUCAACAAGGCCCCCACAACCAUGCAGAACAACUCUCCCACUCCCCUGCUCAGAACAACCCACGCCUCCCUCCUCAACCUGGCUCCUACGUCACAGAGCUUCGACUAUUCUAGGCCAAAGGAGUUCAUCACUGCCCAGACUCCCCUCUCUCCAUUUAGGAGUCCCUCUCCUACAGAGUCCCCCGUUCCGUUGCUCCACAAGCUGGCUGCCGAGCUCAACUCCUCCAACCCCAACCAGUUCUCUCCGCAACCCAGAGUCUUACCCACCAGAGUCCUCAAGUCACCCACCAGCCCCCCUUCCUCCAUGUCCUCCCCCACCUCCCUGACCAUGUUGCCUGCUGCCUACCUAAACUCUGUGUUCGCCCUGCCACAGCAGUCGCCCCCGCAGGCAGCGUCCCCGACCUCCAGUACCUCCAGCCCCAUCCAGAACCAUGUGGCCUUCCUCAGCUCUGUCCUACCCUCUCUACACACCACACAAGCCACCAACUCUAUGGGCCUGCCCAGGAGUGCUCAUAGGCCACCUCAAAGCAUACUGAAGAAGUUGCCUACAAGCACUUGUCCAAUUUUAGAUGAUGAUAUUCGUAGCAGCCAACAAACUCUCCUCCACGAUAUUGAGAAAAAGCUUAGGUUCAAUGAAGAUUUAAUGCGUGGUCAUGUACAACAGAAGCCGACUACUUAUGAGGGGAAAACAGCGAGCAGACACCUCGGACCAAACAUUCCCGCCACUGUCUUUAACUAUGACGAGGGGUACAAACUGUCCAACUUUGAGCAGAGGCUGAUGAGUGAGAUAGAGUUCCGUCUGGAGCGCACGCCAGUCGAGGAGUCAGAUGACGAGGUACAACACGAUGAGAUCCCAACAGGGAAGUGCAUCGCUCCCAUGUUUGGCAAAAAACUGAAGAACUUCAGGGCCAUGGAGGGUGUGCCUAUGACGUUCUCCUGUAAAGUGGUGGGGAUCCCUGUACCUAAGGUUUACUGGUUCAAGGAUGGCAAGCAGAUCUUGAGAAAAAAUUAUCAUUAUAAGAAGAUACGAGAGGGGGACGGAACCUGUGCCCUACACAUAGAGGUCACCAAUAACGACGAUGAUGGCAACUACACUGUCCUGGCAGCUAACCCCCAGGGACGAAUCAGCUGCUCCGGUCAUUUGAUCAUCCAAACAGGUCCUCUCCGAAACCGAAUGACACCUAUGAUUCACUCUCAGAGGGUGCGGGCCCGCAUACAGGAAGUGGAAGAGGGUGAACCAACCCAGGAACGCUUCUUCCAACCUCACUUCCUCCAGGCUCCAGGGGACAUGGUGGCUCAUGAGGGCAGAGUCUGUAGAUUAGACUGCAAGGUUAGUGGCCUUCCAAACCCAAAGGUGAUGUGGCUGAUCAACGGGAGGCCCAUCUACCCAAACUUCUACCACCGGAUGCUGGUGAGGGAGAAUGGAAUCCAUUCCCUUGUCAUAGACCCUCUAAAACAGGACGACGCUGGGACAUACACUUGCAUUGCCAGCAACAAAGCAGGACAGAGCUCCUUCGGUCUAGAGUUAAGAGUUGUGGAAAAAGAGAUGAAGCAGGUCCCCCAGUUUGUGGAGAAGCUCCAGAACACAGGCAUCGCAGAGGGCACCCCCGUCCGACUGGAGUGCAGGGUGCUGGGCAUGCCUCCACCUGUCAUCUACUGGAAGAAAGACAAUGACACCAUUCCUCACACCAAGGCCAGAGUCAGCUUACACCAGGAUGCCACUGGAUAUGUUUUCCUCCUGAUUCAGCCAACCAGGAAAGAGGAUGCUGGCUGGUACACUGUAUCAGCAAAGAAUGAGGCUGGAAUUGUUUCAUGCACAGCGAGACUAGACAUCUAUGCCCAGUGGCAUCAACAUGUUCCUCUGCCUAUGAAGAAGGCUCCGUGGUAAGGCAGUCGCUAUGCAGCACUGACUGGCCAAGGCCUAGACAUCAAGUCUGCCUUUCCCACGGCGGACAACAGCCCCAUCCUGUUCUCCAGCUCACCUAUGGAGGCACAGUUGGAGAGCGAUGAGCUGUGAGGAGCUAGCUGUGUAAGAAGCAGACACACUCUGCCACAGGGUUGUAAAAGUCUGUAAACUUCCCCAUAAUGCACAGGUUUUUCAGAAAUUCUAGUUGAGAGUUUUGGAAAAUG